CCACGCAGUAAAGUAGACGCCACAUCUAGAUAUCGGCCCAGCAGUUAUUACAAACAGUACUUAGCAACUUGAAAAUAUAAAUGUUCCCUGCUUCAAAACUUGAGAAUUCUGGAUGCGGAUAGGGCGUCGUGUACCAAUAACGACAAUGAAACUACAAACGUUGUUGUUUUCUUACCUGACUACUUUAAAUUGCUUGACGUGUGUGGAUGGCAGGGAUGACGAGACCAGACCUAAUCUUCAAAGCAGAUCAUCUGAGGGAUAUCCAUUACCUUAUGUUGGAGCAAUUAAGUUUCCUAUGUAUUCAGGAAAAGAGAUUGUUAUUGAAGGAGUUAUCCAAAACCAAGCUACAUACUUCUCCGUGAAACUCUGCAAUACUGAUAUGUGUGACUACGACGUGCCUUUCAUAAUGUUAAUUGACUUCAUUGAAAACAUGCGGGUGAUGUCAUCCUAUUAUGAUUUCCCCUCUGAAGGAAUAGAAAAUCCUGGAAAAUUACCUUUCAAACAUGGACAGCAAUUUAGAAUUGAUUUAAAAAUUACAAACGAACUUUUUACGGUUUGGGUGGACGGAAAAGUGACUGACACUUUCAAAAAUGAAAUGCCCUUGGAAGAUAUUAUGUACGUGCAGGUCGACGGGCAAGCAGAGGUUAACUGGAUUCUAUUCUCAAAAAUGAACCCCGCCACUAUGGAAAAAAUUGAAAGACGCCAGGGCGGUGAAAACAUUGUCAUCUAUGGAUAUCCAACCAACGAUACCUCACACUUUAGCAUUAACAUUAAAUGCAUAGAGGAUGGCAGUGGAAAUACUGUUUUCCACCUAGACGUAAGAUUUAAUCACGCGGGUGACAUUAGAAAAACUGUCAUUGACCAUUAUCAAAACGGAAGAUGGGUACAAUAUCUUGGAUAUGACGAUUUUGACUUCGAAGUUAAAAAGCAGUUCAUCAUACAGAUUUUAACACGUCCAGACAAAAAAAAGGAUAUAGCCACUAAUAGCAGUUCUUGUGGUCAUGGAAACCACGAGAAGGUGUGA